UGUAGACAAGGCUUUAUUCUGAGUGGUGAACAGUGUGUACCUGAAACAGAAUGCGGCUGUAUCGACAACAAGAUAUAUAUGAAGGUUAAUGAGGAAAUUAUAUCAGCAGAUUGUAAAACAAAGAAAAUAUGUAAACCUGGUAACGAAAUAGUAACAGAAAAUAUCACUCCUUGUGGUGAAAACAGCCAUUGUGGAAUUGAAAGUGGGAGAUAUGCAUGUGUUUGUAAGGAAAAUUUCAUUCUUCAGAACGGAAAAUGUGUUCACGCUGUUAAUCCGUGCCAAAAUAAUCCGUGUAAAAACGGUGGAACUUGUAUAAAUAAGGGUUUCGAUUACACAUGUCAGUGUACAGCAAACUAUUUUGGACGUUUUUGCGAACAAGUUAGAAAAUGUACAUGUAAUGUUUAUGGUGAUCGUCAUUACAAGACAUUUGAUGGAGAAAGGAUAUACUUCGUGGGAGGCUGUAAAUAUUCUUUGGCGACAACUAAACAAGGAUACAAUAACACAUAUUUUUCUGUCGAAGUAAAGAAUGAACAUCGAAGGAUUGAACAUGUCACUUAUACGCGCUCUCGCUCUCUGGAUAUAAAGUUGGAAAAUAAUACCACAAUAAGCUUACUGCCAGCCAAUAGAAUUUUGAUGAACUCAGUAGAACGAUCUCCCCCAAUCAUAAAGUAUGGAGACUUUUCUGUCAAUUUCGCCGUCGGUUGGGUAACGGUUACUACCAGAUGGGGAUUGACAGUGAGAUUUGAUGGAAAACAUCGAAUUUCUGUGAGCCUUCCCUUAUCAUUCGCUAAUAAACUGACCGGCAUCUGUGGUAACUGUAAUGGAAUCAAAGAUGAUCUCCGCACAAAGUCUGGACAAGAUGUUUCAUCACACCCAAAUAAAUUUACUUUAAUUGGAGAUAGUUACCAAAUCGCUGAUGACUCUGAUAAGCUCGAAGAUAGUUGUAAAUCGACUCCUGCGAACUACAAUUGUGAAACGAACGAAACCGCGAUGUGUGAUGUCAUUAUUAACGGAAAGGCAUUUCAGAAAUGUGUUGAAAUACUAGGCUCUACGCAGGCUAAACAGUUUAUCGAUUCAUGUAGAAUAGACGUCUGUUCACAUAAAAACGACGAAGAUAACGUGCAAAAGGCUUUCUGUCAAAUACUUGAAGGAUUUGCCAGUCAGUGCGAAAAUGCUGGAGUUAUUGUGGACUGGAGAAAAGAAGUCAGCUGUCCAAAAUUUUGUCCGAGUUUCCAAGAAUACAGAUACAACACAUCUACAUGUCAACCUACAUGCUUGAAUUUGAAGCCAGUUUGUAUGACUCGUACUGAAGGAUGUAUUUGUCAGCCGGGUUAUGUUCUGAGCGGAAAUGAAUGCGUCAGUCCAUCAAAAUGUGGCUGCAGGAAUGCUAACUUUUAUAUGACACUUAAAGAAGAAAUCUACAGUACCGACUGCAAUACAAAAUAUGUAUGCUUGGGAAGGAAUGAGGUACAAAAACGACCAGCAGCCUGUCAAGAAAAUAGUCAUUGUACACUUGAAAAUAACAAGCGAAUGUGUACUUGUGAUAAUGGUUAUAUAAUGAGUGAAGGAAAAUGUAUUAAAGAAGGUACGAUGGAUUUUGUUCGAGUUAUUAAAGCAUAUAUUAAAGGAAUCCCGAUGUUAUCUUAUGUUUCAAACGAUAUAAAACAAUGCAGUUCUAAAUGCCUUGAAAUUGACGAAUGCAAGUCUUUUAACUACGAUACUAAAUUUCAUAUUUGUGAAUUGUUCACAAUCAACGCUGCUUCGAGUACUGUCUUAACAUCGAGAGGAUGCUACCACAAGGUUUAUUAUCAACGUGUCCUGUCAAAAAAUACCUCGAUAAAUGGAGCUUCAAUUAUUGACUGCCAUACUUUAGAAGUGAGCGAAGGAAUAUCUACAAUAAAAUUAUGUGAAGCGAAGUGUUUACUGAAAAAGUGUUCAGCGUUUGACUAUUCAAAACUUCAGAGAACAUGUAGAAUUAUGCUUUCUACAAAAACAGAAUUUCAACUUACAGGAGACGAGAAGAAGACGUUUGUUGCCAUUACAUAUUAAGAAAAAACGCCGUUGCUUUCGGAGAAAAUGUUCCUGUCACUAUUUCUUAUGAAUAAAAAAAAAAAAGGAUAUGUGGAAAACAUUUGAAGUAAACGCACUUAAUAAAUAAAUAAAUAGAUAGAAUUAAAAUUACUAUAAAUGUAAUGCUUUUCUCUAG